CAGGCGUAGGUAGCGGUACAAGGUAGAUAUAGAAGUUUCAAGAGGAAAAAGAUUCAGGAGAUGUAUACACGAUACUAGAAUUUAAAAAUCUAUGGCGUACCAGAUUAGGUCACACAAGGUAGGUGACUAUUUGUCACCGCUCUAUUUUAAACGGAAUGUCAAUGAAUCAUCAUCAUCAUCACCACCGUCGUCGAAGCGCUAAAGAGGAAUCUCAGUGCAGUACACCCCUCUUACAUAAAUCGCUUCGACUGUGGCAAUACUUUGUGUCGCUACAUUGACUUAAUGACUUAUUAAUUCACCUAAUUGGCUUAAUUAUUGUUGACAGUCAUCAUAAAAUGGUUUCUGCCGACUUUUUUUUUUUUUUCGCAGAUACCGUGUUCGGUAAACUUUUGUGGGCGAUCUCUGUGACAUCUAUUGUGCACCUCUAGAUGUUUCUCACUGUCGCGGGCGUUCCCGCUUCGCAGGGCUGGAAUGACGUAAGCUACCAUGGCUCGCGGCAGAUACCCACGCCCAACAUUGACGCCCUAGCGGCUAGCGGCCUCAUCCUGCAGCGACACUACACCUCGCCAGACUGCACGCCUUCCCGGACAGCUCUGCUCACAGCGCGCUACCCGUCGCGUACCGAUGUGGGAUACGAGGUGUUCCUACCAGCAGCGAAAGACGCUCUCUCGCUGCGCUUCGAGCUGCUGCCGCAAUGGCUGAAGCGACUGGGAUACAGCACGCACAUGGUGGGAAAAUGGCACUUGGGAUACAAGAGUCUUGAGCACACACCGACCUGGCGUGGCUUCGACACGUUCUUCGGCUACUACAACGGCGACGUCCGUUAUUUCAACCACACAAAAGAAUACGAAGGACACUGCGGCUUGGACUUUUGGCGCAACGUCGGUCAUUCAACGCAAGCUGCCACCGACCUCAACGGCACCUACUCGACGAACGCGUUCACUGAUGAGGCCAAGCGAAUCAUCGCCGAACAUGACGUUCAAAAGCCCCUGUUCCUAUAUAUGAGCCACGAAGCCGGCCACACCGUUUGCAGCAACUGCACCGUAGAGGCACCCAAGGAGAACGUGGACCACUUCACGUACAUCGCAAACUACAACAGAACUGUUUUGGCAGGUGAGUUCUUUUUCUUUUUAACCAUGGAGGAUAUUUCUUUUGCAGCCCAGUCCAUGCGCUAAGAGAAAAGUGUGCGUGACGUCACGCGGUAUUUCUCGCUGUCGCGUCCAUGUUACCGGGGCGCAGUGUCAGUUUUGUUAUGGUGUUGCCUGUUCAUGUGUGUGCGGCUCCGUACGUAG